UGUUAGUAACAUUUAGCUGUUAACAUCGUAACCUUUAAGGAAAGAAAUUAUUUAGAAUCUGAAAGUAACAGACAGUGAUAAAUUUUCUUCUAGCAUGAGCAACUCAAAAAGUAUGGAAGAUAAACAUGUUACAGAAAUGUUGACAUGGCUUUACGAGAGCAAGAAUCCACAUAGGGAACGCGUUUUAAGAAAUGAAACUGGUCAUUGUAACUUAAGGAAUGCUGAUUAUAUACAGACAUACAACUGGCCAUUUUUUUUUUAUUCUACGGAUGGUGAAGGAGAAUUUACGUGGUUUAUUCAUCCACGUAAACAUAUAUAUGGAAACAGUAUGUCGGUAAAAGGGAAAGAGGGCUAUGGCAGAAUGUCUUACCUAUGUGGGUCAUAUUUUGAGGGCCUCCUUUUAAAUAAUGAAAGAUUUGGUCCAGGUGUAUAUACAAAUUCAGCUGGCAAACAAGAUGUCGGCAUAUGGUUGGGUAACAAACUGGUUCGAUUAAUUCGCAGCUUACCUGAAAUCAAAAUGCUCCAGAUAGCUCGCGAAAAAGACGACAAAAUAAAAAUUCUGAGAUACCGUACAAUGAUUUCAAUAAAUGAGAAUCGUUGGCAGAAUAUUGUAAAAAACUUGAUAAAGAAUAAUAUAAGCGAUUUAGACCGUCCUUUACGGAAGGGGUUGAAUGAGCUUUGCAGACCAACACCUAAUGAUAGGAGAUCUCUCUGGUAUCAUGUACUAGAUAAUGAAUAUAUGCAAAAAUAUCUUCACGAAGAAAAAGAAUCUAUCACAGCAUUAUCUACGAUGGACAUGAAGGUCACGAAAGCUAUACCCAACAAUAACCCACGUCAAAGUUAUUUAAGUGCAUCAAAAGUAACAAAUAAGGAAGAUACACUUAAAGAAAAGAAAAACUCAAACGAUGUACGUGUUAAGAUUGCAGAAAGUGACACAACAUUUUUUAUUAAUCAGCACCUAGGAGAAUCAAUCAACGUUGAUUACGAAUCGCCUGGAGAUCAAUUUUAUUGCGGCAUCAAAGGUUUCAGUGAAAAUGAUCAAAUGAGCAGCUUCGAAGGCAAAUGGCACAUUUUUGCAAACAUCAAUGACAAUGACUUUCCUAGUAUUGAGAAUCCUAUAAAUUAUUCGGAAAAAAGAAAAUCCCGGAAUUCAAACUUUGACGAGUUUGAUAGAAUAGAGACAAUACUUGAAUUUCCAACAGAAGCCACUGUUAUGACGCAUUUAUUAGCAUGGAACAAUAACCAAGCUAUGAUUGAUAUAUUGAAACAUGUAUUUAGGCAUCGAAAUGACGAGAUUUUGGCCGGAAAACGAGGAGAAUUUCGGCAAGAAGGAGCACACGAGAUGGCAGCAUUAAAUUUUCUAAUAGCGUCUUCGAAUGGUUUUAAAAAUACAAUCCGACAGAUAAUAUUAAAAGAAAACUUGGAUGUGAAUCUUGCGGACAAUGGUGGGAAUACUGGUUUGAUUUAUGCGGCUGUAAGCGAUCGUUUGGAAGCGAUAGAUACUUUAUUGGACCUCGGUGCUGAUAUCAAUUGUAUAAAUGAUGAAUGCUCAACACCAUUAUCACUCUGUAUAUUGCGCUUGUUGGAAUCUGUGCAUGGCGUUGUUGAUCGAUCGAAAGCUUUUUUGCCCAAGAACAUUGAAUCUAUCAAUUUAAAGCAAUCUGAUUUUCUAAUAAAUGAUAACAACGUGUUAGCAAAUUUACAACAGUGGUGUCCUAAAAGCAUGUUUCCAUACGAACAGGUUAGCUCAAUAAUGAAACAUCAUUUACCAAAUUCGAAUCUCAAAUGCGAGCCAUACAUACCUAUUUGUAGAAAAUCAACAUAA